CCUGUGUUUUUGUGCUGUUUUUGAGCCUCUAGUAAACAGGACUCCUGCCAGGCGCACAGGGGGAGGAUCGAACCCGCGGCUACAGGAUGGGGAUAAAAGAAGUCGGGAACAUCGGUGUGGAGAACACACACACACACAUGCUGGACCACACACUCACUCUGCAGCAGAUAUGGAGAGAAAAUCUACCGUUGUCUGGACGUGCACUUUAGUCCUUUCUCUGUUCCUGGAGUCCUGUCACACACAGAAGCUGAACGUCCACUGGGGGCCUCAGUCCAUGAUGUACCUGAAGGGCAAACAUGGCAGGAGGUUUGUGUCGGAGGAGGACAACAGUGUUCUGAAGCACAGUCUGCAGGGCUGGUACGCAGCGCUCAGAGGCAUCCAGAGGCUGCCGUCACCAGACUUCAGUAAAACCAGUCACAUCACAAGUCUAGAGAAGGUCCUGGUCCAUUACCUCUAGAGGAGAUGAGACUCACUGACGGUCACACACAGGAACAACACACACUCACACACUGUGUGACAGGCAGACACACAACCAGCACCUGACAGUCAUCAUGAAAAUUCUGGUUAUGUUGAUAU